AUGGCAUUCGGCGAGCCUCACACCCAUACUAUCCACUUCGGGGAGUGUGGCCAUACAGAUCCGAGAUACGUCUUUCUACCCGACCCUAAAAAUGCUGCCCGUUGCGUCUGCAGCCGAACCGACGAAUUUAAGAUCAGUCUCUCGUUCUCCGGGAAGGUCAACUACACGCAGCAACGUCGAGAGAUACCGGCAAAAUGUGAUGACUGUAGCCUUCGACCUAAGAUGACGAUUGAGGAGUAUACUGCGUAUUUAGCUCAUGUCCCAGAGGACGAAAAUACAAUGGAUGUCGAUCGGGAUAGUAAUCUGUUGCCCGGCAGUCCAUCGAAAAGGCAAAGGCUUGGUUAG